UGCAUUUUCCCCUCGAUGACAUUUCCACCCCCAGGGGCUCGACUCUUGAAUUCACUCGAAAGAGAGAAGCCUGUGCGAAAAUUCUGCUCUCACAGAAACGUUGCAAGUCGACUGGCUAUUCGCGUGGUUUCGAACCAAUCGACUUUCAACUUUUCUGCGAGGGCAGCAUUUUCGUGUACGUUUCUAUUUCAGAUAUAAAUACCAGAAUCGAGCCCUAUAGAUUCUUUCCCGCGAAUAAACAUGGCGGACGUGCCUGCGGAUCGAUCGAGGUAUUCGAGGUUAUCGUUUCUCGCCGCGACGCUGACUGGCGAUCGUGACACCUCACCGUAUGUCUUAUCGCAAGGUGCGACGUGAGCACGAAGCCGGCGCGUGUUCGCCGAGACAUAUUUCUGACAUGCCAGAAUUAUGAAUAUAUUAGAGCGGGCUCGAGGACAGACGCGAAAAUGGCGAAGAUACGGUGGUCCCUGACGAAGGCGCCGAGCGUUCUUCGCCGUUUGUUUGUAUCGCGAUUGUACGAGGACUCGCGUGUGACGUUCGGAUGCCACUUGUUUCAAGGGUCUGCUUGAAGCAGCGGUGGUGGCGGCUGCAGAUCGUCUUCAAGUCUCUGUUCUACAACGACUUCUUGAAUUGGAGUUACGCUUGUGAUAUACUUAUGGAGCCCAUGUUCUGGUUUGUCGAGAACUUCACCUCCUUCUUGGGUCCGGUGUUCGUAGUGAUGGUGAGCCUGCUAACCAUCAGCAUCGUGUACAUUGCGUACUACGUGGGCCUGCCCUGGUGGUGGGAACGGAGUCCGUCGAUGACGAUAAUCUUACUGCUAGUCGGGAACUGGCUGCUGGUCAACGUCUGCUUUCACUAUUACAUGGGCGUGGCUGUGCCCGCAGGUAAUCCACCUCAAGGAGGCCUCAUCCCGGAGGCUGUGAGCAUCUGCAAGAAAUGCAUCAAGCCAAAGCCACCCAGAACGCAUCACUGUUCCGUCUGCAACAAGUGUAUCCUCAAGAUGGAUCAUCACUGUCCAUGGUUGAACAAUUGCGUCGGCCACUACAAUCAUCGGCACUUUUUCCUGUACAUGGUUUACACCGUAGUUGGCGUUACGUUCAUCAUGAUAUUCGGCGUGCGACUCGCCUAUGAGGAGUUCUUCCCUGAUGAAGAGCCGGAAUUGGACGGCCAUCCAGUACGUCUCAAUAAUUCAGAAAUUAUUCCAAUGACCGAGUCCUUGGACCACUUGAGUAAAGAGGAGCUGGCAGAGAUAGCAAGACAGGCGGCAGAAACUGAGGCCAAAGAAUGGCGACAAAGACUAAUAAUUUUCGCGGGUUUGAUCUGUAUUGCCACAUUCGCGGCCCUCGGUGCCCUAGCCUGGUGGCACGCGGGUCUUAUCACCCGGGGAGAGACGAGCAUCGAGGCGCACAUCAACAGCGCUGAAUCGAAGAAGUAUCGAGCUCAGAAUAAGUUUUAUCAGAAUCCGUACGACUUUGGGCCGAGGGAGAACUGGAGAUUGUUCUUAGGAACAAAAAAUAGGAACUGGUGGCAUAUCUUACUCCCAUCGAUCCAUGGCCCUUACGGCGACGGGCUUACGUGGCGAACUGUUCACGACAGCAAGAUCUCUUGAUUUUUGAAGCUUAAGUCUGUCAGUCCCACAGUCUAUAAUCCAUAUCUCCUCGCAAUUUCUCUAUUCUUACGUUCCAAUAUUCUAGUCAGAACCACAGAAUGUUCGACUGCAUUACUAUAGUUAAUUGAAGUGGCAUAUGUACAAUUAACCAUUUGCAAUUGUCUAAUUUUUCAGGAAGCAAUAAUUUGAGUAAACUUGUCUGAAAUUACAGAAUUGUUCUUACAUGGUCAAAUGAAUAUCACGUAAGUUGAGUAGAGAAAAAUUUGUACAUGCCAUAGUCUUAGUCUUUAAUUAAUUUGACUGACUAGUUACUUGAUAACUAAUUGUGUAAGACUUGAUUUUAGCCAAGUACAAUUUAAUAAAGGAUGUUUUUGGUACCUUUCGCAAAA